GGCCAGGACAGAUCUGGUUCAGACUGGAGUGGGCUUCAGCGGCAGAAGACUGGAUCCAGAAUGUCCAGAUAUCUUUUUUCUUUGGCACUGAACACCUGAAUUUGACUUUGAAUUUCCACUGAACGUUUUUUCCAGUUUCAUGGUGGACUCUAGCUUUUGUUGGAAUUUUCAUUCCCAAACAUCUUCAUUUUGGGGUCUACAUCAGAUCAUUAGCAAAUCAAGAACUGGUCAUUCUGUAUUUCUGUCUGUUCUGAACUCAUCACAUUUUGGCCAUGAGUUGUUUCGGGUAUCGUCGAGAGUUGAGUAAGUAUGAAGAUAUUGACGAGGACGAGCUUUUGGCAUCUCUCAGCGCAGAGGAGCUGGCUGAGUUGGAAAAGGAGCUCUCGGACAUCGAUCCCGACAGCAAUGUGCCCAUAGGACUCAGACAGAGAGACCAGACAGAUAAGACCCCAACGGGCACCUUCAGCAGAGAGGCCCUCAUGAAAUACUGGGAGAACGAAACACGUAGACUGCUGGAGGACGAGUUAGGUGGAGCAAGCCCAAAACUGGAUGAAGAACAGGAAGAAGAGUGUGUGACAGAAGGAACCAGUGAAGGAGAGGAGGACAAAGACGAUGAAAAUGAGAAAGAGCAAAAAAAGAAUGAAAAAGAAAAUGAGGAAGAAGAGGAAGAUGAGAACAGUGAUGAAGAAGAAGACGACGAAGAAAAGGAGAGUGAAGAAGAAGAGGAACCAGUAACAGAAGAAGAAGAUGAGGAGGAGGAGGAGCGCCAAGAUAAUACAGCAAAACCCGAACCCUUGAUGAAUUCAGGGCCGAUGACGUCGCGGGUCGAGAACCUAACACUACUCAAACCCCAGAGGGUGGAGCCUAUGAGGCUGACUCCUCCCCCUCCACCUGUUGAUCCAAACACAAGUGGAAACCCAAUUGUAGUCGAUGACGCUCUGCAGCGAGUGCUUAGAAAUGACCCUGAACUCACUGAGGUUAAUCUCAACAAUAUAGAUGACAUCUCACAGGAAACUCUGGUCCGAUUCGCUGAAGCUCUGAGGUCAAACACACACGUGAGAACCUUCAGCCUCGCAAACACCCGAGCUGACGACCCUGUGGCUCUGGCCAUUGCUAAGAUGCUAAAGCAGAACUCCUCCAUCAUCAGUCUGAAUAUAGAGUCUAACUAUGUGUCUGGGAAAGGCGUGAUGGCUCUGGUUCAAGCACUACCAGGAAACAACACCUUGACGGAGCUUAGGUUCCACAACCAGCGGCACAUGUGUGGUGGACAGGUAGAAAUGGAGAUGGUGAAGAUUCUGAGGGAAAACUACACCUUGAUUAAACUGGGUUACCAGUUCAACCUACCUGGGCCUAGAAUGAGCAUGACGGGGAUCCUCACCAGGAACCAAGACCGCCAGAGGCAGAAACGGCUGCAGGAGCAGAAGCAACAGCAGCAGAACCAACAGGGGGCGCAAGAGGGAGCUGUUAACCCCAGAACUACCGCGCUGAGAGGAACACCAAGUUCCUCACCUUAUAGCUCACCCAGGGCCUCUCCCUGGUCCUCACCCAAACUGCCCCGAAACGACCUGGUUAAAAAACAGACCCCCCCUGCGCCACCUCCUCCCCCGCCUCCACCCCCGCCUCCUCCGCCACCUCCUCCUCCACCUCCUCUCCCGCACCAGGAGAAGAAGAAGCCCACAAGGAUGAUUGCAGAGGUCAUCAAGGCUCAUGAAGCGGGCAAGAAAAAGACGAUAAAAACAAAAGGGAAGAAGGGAAAGAAGGGGAAGGCGGGCAAUGAUGAGACAAAUAGCAUCUUGAAGGAGCUCAAAAAUGCCCUGAGGCCAGUGUCAGGAGAGAGGAGAGGGGAGGAGGGCAGCAGGCCUUCAACGCCAAUGAGGUCAGCCCAUGAUCAGCUGAUGGAGUCCAUCCGCAGUAGCGGCAUGCGCAAUCUGAGACGGGUGGAAGUCCCUCGUUAUCUACGAUAAAACUGACGAUGGACUGACCAACAGUGAUGAAAUAUGACAGGUGAAAACUUGGGUUUUCUAAGGAGACUGAUGUGAAUUCUUACUCAUAAAAAAUACACUGGAAAUUUGCACUGCAAUGACAGCUUUACAUUUUAAAAAUGUUGAAUUUGUUUUUAAAAAUAUUUAU